AGAGUCAACCCUACAAAACCCCCUCGCGCGAUUGUACAAUCAUGUUGUGUGCAAUCUCGGGAGAAGCGCCGCAGGUGCCUGUCGUGUCGACGAAGAGUGGCAGCGUUUUCGAAAAGAGGCUUAUAGAAGGUUAUAUUGCGGAAACUGGCAAGGAUCCUGUGACGGGAGAGGAUCUCUCUGCAGAUGACUUGGUCGAGCUGAAAACUUCACGCAUUGUCCGACCUCGCCCACCUACGCUUACCUCCAUCCCGUCGCUUCUGGGCGUUUUUCAAGAAGAAUGGGAUGCGUUGGCACUAGAGACAUACACCCUGCGCCAGACUUUGGUCCAGACAAGACAGGAACUCAGCACAGCCUUAUACCAGCACGAUGCAGCAGUACGAGUGAUUGCGCGCUUAACCAAGGAAAGGGAUGAGGCACGCGAUGCUCUAUCGAAAAUAUCAGUUGGCUCUGCCCGUGGCCCAUCGACUGGCGACGCCAUGCAGGUGGACAGUGCAGGGCUUCCUGAUGCUGUGGUAGCUAGAAUCGAAGAAACGCAGGCUCUGCUUUCAAAAUCUAGAAGCAAGCGGCCCAUUCCAGACGGAUGGGCUUCUGGUGACGCCAUCCAGACUUACAAACCCACCGCAAGCUCUGAGCCUCUCUACCCCGGCGGAAGAUCACUCUCAGUCGACUCUACUGGAGACCUAGCUCUGGUCGGCGGCGUCGACGGCAUUGCCGGCAUAUAUUCGAUUUCGAAUCAACAGGUUGUCCAAACCUUCAAGGUUGAUGGACCAGUCACCGACGCGGUCUUUGCUGGAUCCAAGGCCGUGGUGGCUUCUGCGACUGGUACCGUGAAGAUCUUUGAGAACGGCGUUGAAUCCGCCAGCUUUGCGUCCCAUGCUGGCGAAGUCACGGCCGUUGCUGUGCAUCCAACUGGGGAUAUUAUCGGCUCGGUUGGUGUCGAUAAGAGCUAUGUACUGUAUGACACAACGACAUCCUCUGUUGUCUCUCAAGUCUACGGUAACGCUGGUCUGCUUUCUGCCAAAUUCCACCCCGAUGGCCACUUAUUAGCUGUUGGUGGCGCCGAUGGACAGAUUCACGUUUACGAUGUCAAAUCAGGCGCUGCUGCGGCCAACUUCCCCAUGUCUGCUCCUGUCACAAAUCUGGAGUUCUCGGAGAACGGCUUCUUUAUGGCCGCAGUCACUGAAAACUCGACCGCCAUCACCGUAUGGGAUCUGCGCAAAUCUAAAAUCCACAAGGUCUUGGAGACGGGCACUCAGAUCAGCACGCUUUCCUGGGACUAUUCUGGCCAGUUCCUCCUGAGCGGCGGGCCGAACGGACUGACUGUACAGCAAUAUACCAAAUCUACCAAGGACUGGUCAGAGUCUCUCCGCAGUGCUGUGCCGGCGGUGGGUGUUGCCUGGGGGCCAUCGGCUCAGAGUGUCCUGGCUGUCAAUGCCGAGGGUGUCGUCUCUGUGCUGGCUCAGUCAUGAUGUGAAGUCAUUGAGUCGUUGUACUUUUAGCUAUUGUCAGUGUUCUUGUUCUCAGUGGGGGUUGUUCAAAGGGUCAGGCCAGGCCAGGCCAGGUCACAUCAGGUGAAAUGAAAUGAAUUCAAUUUGAUUUGGGGUUUGUGAUAAAGCUUAUUUAUUUCUAUUUGAAUAAAAGAAAACAACUUGUGACAAUCUGCCUGAUAA